UUUUAUGCCUAGAAAGGCUGAAUAAUAAUCACUUAGAAGUAAGCUACACGCAGAUAACGUUGUUGCAUUCGGUUAUUAAUAUUCAACAGUCUGAACCAUUCUAUCAGGCUAUUUUAAUGAAGACUAAACAAACUUUGUGUGAUUAGACUGGUAUCAUAACUAAGUCAGUAGAGAAUUGAAAACUACAUAAUGACCAUCUAGUUCUUUAGAUUAAGCGUCGUUUCGUUUCUGUGGGAGUAUGUACAGAGUAUUUAAGAAAGAUGUUUUCCUGUUCCUAUUAUAAAGCACUACUUUAAGCAAUUAACUUACUUUUCAUUCAGAAUGCAAUCGGGAUUGGUGUCAUAUGUCUGCUGGUUAUUCACAGAUGUCUGAAUUGUAGUGAUCGUGCAAAGGUGUGUUUCGAUAAGCAGCAUUAUUUUCUACCAGUGGAUACGGAGGAUCUACCUAGGGGAGUUGGAAAACCCUCAUUCCAAAUCAAUGGUGCAUAUCGGCUCCAAUAUCCUGAAGGAACAAGUGGCAUAUGAACCAAUCGUUGGUCACUGGCUACCAUGGGACUGCAUCUCACAAAGUUGCUCCAAUGCCUUGUGGAUUACACCUUUGGGUCGAAGGCUCGGGGUGUGGUCCCCUAAGAAAACCACCUGCUUCGGUUUGGGCAGCCGGGUAGUAUCACAGCCUUCACACAAAUUGAAUGGUUUAUGUGAUGCAUAUCUAUUUGAUGCCUCCUUGUACCAAUGUUUGUGUUUAAAUAAAUAAAUGAUUUUUAUUAUGUCUUUUAGAUAUGCAUUCUGUCGUAGAUAUUCAAUACAAAUAGUCGUUUUUGACGAUUAGAUUCUAGUGAAGUUUAUGAUGCUUUUAUAUCUAAUUUUUACUUUACAACUUGUUUUGUAUUUCACCUAAUAUUUUGUUUCAAAAUCUUUUUCAAAAUCAACUAGUUCGCUACUUUCAGGCGUUUAUGUCGCACUAGCUGUCAGUUCAGUUCAUUACAAUUCGUAGCAUGAAAAACGACCUGAGUAUUUUUUACACAGAAGCUGCUUAUUUAGUUUGUCUAGUCAAAGGACAAGUUUGUCGAUUGAAAACUGGUUUGUAUACUAAUAAAUUUGCAAGCAAUUUACGAAAAAUUUAUGCAUUAGCAUCAAAAACUCUUAAUUCUUAUGGGAUAUUACUUCAAACUCUUAAAAAAGCCAAUCUUCAACCAACAACUAAAAUGAUUCAUUUAUCUUUAAAAAACAAUUCUAAUCAUCAUAAUGAUGUACAUGCUUGUGUUCAUUGUUAUUUAAUUGUUUUAAUUUAUGAUUUAUUAAAUGAAAAGAAAAUAUCACAUCAUUUUCUACUUUCAAAAAUUCAUGAAUUAACUAAAGAUUCUUUAGCUGUAAAAAAACUUCGUCAUGCUUAUCAAUUAGUUGAUAAAUCAUUUAAAUCAAAAAUUGAAAAUCAAAGAGAAAAUAAAGGAUUACUUCCAUGUUAUGCUCGUGUCAAUUUCUUGAAAACUACACUAGCUGAUGUUAUUGAAAAGCUUCAAACUUGUGGAUUUAAACAUGUGGAAUAUAAUCGAUCAGAAACUUCUUAUCGAAGAUUUCGUAAAAAAGUUUGUAAACUUGAUCGUGGUGAAUUCAUGUUGGAUUAUCAUCUCCCUCAUCUACUGUUAGUAUUUCCCUCUGGUACUACUUUACAUGAUUUAGAAUUGUACAAAUCUAAAUCUCUACUUAUUCAAGACAAGGCCAGUUGUUUCAGUCCGGAGAUUCUUCAACCAGAUCCAAAUUCAGAUGUUAUAGAUGCUUGUGCUGCUCCAGGAAAUAAAACAUUACAAUUAGUUUCUAUGUUGUCCAACAAAUCAACCAUUUUCGCUGUAGAUCGUGAUCCAAACAGAUUCCGACGUUUUACUGAAAAUCUAAUUGUCAAUGGAGUAGAACGAUUGUCAAUAAUGGAUUGGUCUAAUUCUAAUAAACAAAAUAAUAAACAUAGAAAAUCUAUUCAAAGUUCACAACCAUCCGUUGAAGCGUAUUGUUCAGAUUUCUUAUCUAUAGAUCCAUAUAAUCCAAAAUUUUCCAAUGUUCAAUCAAUUCUUCUUGAUCCUUCUUGUAGUGGUUCUGGUUUAUCAAUUCGUCAACCAGAUGGUGGUGAACAAUAUGAAAAAUGCACAUAUAAAGAUAGUAAUAAUUAUACAGAUGAAUAUAAUGAAGAAUAUACAUCUCGUUUAAAACGAUUAUCGAAUCUUCAAGCUAUGUUAUUAAAACAUGCAUUAAAGUUUCCAAAUGUUCAACGUGUUGUCUAUUCAACUUGUUCAAUACACCCUGAAGAAAAUGAAGCAGUUGUACGUGAAAUUGUUGAUUAUGCAUCAAAUAAAUUUUACUUAGAAACAAUUUGGCCAUAUAUUCCAUCAUCUUCUAAUUCUAUAAAUCAACCAAUAUGGAAACAUCGUGGUCUAUCUGAUAUCUAUCAAUGUGAAUCAUGUAUACGUUCAUCUGAAAAAGAUUUAACAAAUGGAUUUUUUGUUGCUUUAUUGAUAAAAUAUAAAUCAAAUAAUUCACUGAAUGUUGCAUCCUCCUCCUCCUCCUCACCACCACCACCACCACCACCACCGUCAUCAUCAUCAAUUAUGACUACUGAAUUAAGUGUACCUGGUAACUCAUCGUUGACAUCCAAUAAUAAUACAUCAACUUCCAUUGUUGUUAAUUGUAAUAAUAAUAAUAAUAAUAAUAAUGAAAAUAUUAAUUUGGAAAAACAAGAAUUAUUUACUUUUAAAAUACGAAAAAAGUGUCAUCCUUAUACUUCAGUUCCACUAUUAAAAUUCUCGCACCUUCUACCUUUUGUUUCUUACUCGGUGUGUAGUGGUAGUAAUUACUGGGGACUACUAGGAGGCGAUUUGAUCUCUUCUCUAUUGAAAGUGUCGUUGAUAAUAAUGAAUACAGAACAUCUUGAGAAUGUGGAAUCGGAAACUAUACCUGUAACUAAUGAAGAAAGUACAUCAAAACGAGCAAAUCGUAAAUUGGAUCAAUAUUUAAAGCGUAAAGAAGCAAGACGUGUAACAAGGAAAGCGUAUAAAGAACGUCGUAAACUUCGACAACAACAACAACAGCAGCAGCAGGAACAACAGCAGCAGCAGGAACAACAGCAGCAACAGGAACAGCAACAGCAGGAACAACAACAAUCAUCUUGUGUUGUUGUUCAUGAUGUGAAUAAUGAUACUUGUAUAUCGACAGAAAAUAAUCUUUCAAUUCCAAUUGAUAGUUUUACUUCACAUAAAAUUCAACGUAUAAAAAUGUCAGAAUCAUUGUGUCAAACUAAAGUUGUCAUUGAUUGUUCAUAUGAUCAUUUGAUGUCAUUUAAAGACAUUUGUAAAUUGGCUAGUCAAGUUGCUAAUUGUUAUUCUAUCAAUAGACGUGCCAAACAUCCAGUUCAACUUUAUAUCACCGGCUUAGGUUCCAAUAACACCACAGAGACCAACAUCAACAAUAAAGAUAAUUUGUUAUCUGUAGAUAAAUGUAUAUCUACCCGAUUAUAUGAUAGAUUAAAGUUAAGCAACUGUGACAGUUGGGAUGUGAAUUUAUGUGAGGAUGAUUUUACUAAAUUAUUUUCAGCGGAUAAAAUUGUUUAUUUAUGCGCUGAAUCAGAAUAUCAUUUACCGGAACAUUUUAAUACCAAAUAUGAAACGAAUUUAAUCAAUAAUGAGACUAUUCAAUUUACUCAAGAUGAUAUUUAUAUUAUUGGUGGUUUAAUUGAUCAUAAUAAUUUAAAAGGUUAUUGUUAUCAACAAGCUAUUGAACAUGGUUAUAGAACAGCUAGAUUACCAUUAAAAGAAAUUAAUUUACAUAUUGUAGGUCGAUAUGUUUUAUCUACAUUACAUGUAUUUCAAGCAUUAUGUCCUGUAUUAUCCGGUACAAAAACUUGGUUAGAAAGUUUAAAACAAGCAAUACCACCAAGAAAAUUAAUGAUUUGUAUAUAAUUCAAUGAAUUAUAGAUUGUUCAUUUCAAAAAAAAAAUGUUCCCAUU